AUGCCCAGCUCAUCUCUGCUCCUUCAUUCCUGCCUCCACCAGCCAGUGCUGCAAGGGUCAAGGGGCUAUGGUCCGCCUCUGGUUAACAAUCCACUAGCAAGUCAAGCAGCAGCGGCUGCAGCAGCAGCAGCCAUGGGCUCAAUAGCAAGCUCCCAGGCUUUUGGCAAUGCCCUCUCCAGUCUUCAGGGGGUCACAGGUCAACUCGUCACUAAUGCACAAGGACAGGAUCAUUUUAUGCAGCCAGCUUUAAAUGGAGGCUCUCAAAAGCCUAUUAAGAUUUCUGGAGGGAUGGGGUAUUGGUUUGGAAGAGAAGUUGGUUAUAAUACCUAUAACUCAUACUCAGAUCAGCUCCAACCUACAAACCUGCUUGUUUCUAUCUGUGCUCCAGAGAUGGUUCACAAUCACCACUCACAUGAGGCACUUGGCACCAAAAGUGAUCAUUGUAAAACAAGUCAUUCUGUGUGGCAAGUGUACGUGCCAUUUGUUCAUUUUCCCUUUCUGUGUUGUUUUCUCCAGAUUAUUGGAACAAUCCCACUGAUGCCUAAUCCAGUCCCCUCCAGCCAGGCAGCAGGUGGAGCUCAGGGCCUUCAGGUACAGCCAAUAACUCCACAGUUAUUGACCAAUGCCCAGGGUCAGAUCAUCGCUACCGUCAUCGGCAACCAGAUACUCCCAGUGAUCAAUACCCAGGGAAUAACACUAUCGCCACUCAAACCAGGCCAACAGCUCCAUCAGCCCUCCCAGACGCAAGUGGGACAAGCAGCCUCACAGCCCAAUCUCCUGCAUUUGGCUCACAGUCAAGCAUCUAUGUCUCAAAGCCCAGUUCGUCAGGCUUCCUCUUCUUCCUCCUCAUCUUCUUCUUCUUCAGCUUUGAGUGUUGGCCAGUUAGUCAGCAAUCCUCAAACAGCCACUGGAGAAGUGGAUGGGGUGAAUCUGGAAGAAAUCCGAGAAUUUGCCAAAGCUUUUAAAAUCCGGCGCCUGUCCCUUGGCCUGACCCAGACUCAAGUUGGCCAAGCCCUAAGCGCCACCGAAGGCCCAGCCUAUAGCCAGUCUGCCAUCUGCAGGUUUGAAAAGCUGGACAUCACCCCUAAAAGUGCCCAGAAGAUAAAGCCGGUGCUUGAGCGGUGGAUGGCUGAGGCUGAGGCCCGCCAUCGAGCAGGUAUGCAGAACCUUACUGAGUUUAUCGGAAGUGAACCAUCCAAAAAGCGCAAGAGGCGUACCUCAUUCACGCCACAAGCCCUUGAGAUCUUGAAUGCCCACUUUGAGAAGAACACGCACCCCUCUGGGCAGGAAAUGACAGAGAUUGCAGAGAAACUGAACUAUGACCGGGAAGUAGUUAGAGUUUGGUUCUGCAAUAAGAGGCAAGCACUGAAGAACACAAUUAAACGUUUGAAACAGCAUGAGCCUGCGACAACAGUUCCUAUGGAGCCCUUAACAGACUCACUGGAAGAAAACUCCUAAAAGCAAAACAAAACAAAACCACAUACAAAAAACCCUGCACCAACAGAAACCUAACCAUUCGAACUCUGUGAAAAUACCUGUUCAUCACCCUUGUAAGUAAAAGACUGAGAAAACUACAAGAAGGACAGAACAGUUUAUAAAUGUCCGUGAGUUUUCCUAUUUAAAAACAAAACAAAAAACUGCACAACACUUAGCGUGUGUGUCGUAGAAUUAGUUCCCCAAAAAAGAAAAAGCCAGUUUGU